AUGACUGCAUCCGGUUCUGCGCCCUCGCAGGGCAGCCAACCCGCUCCCAAGGUGGCUGAGCCUUCAGGAUCCGAUUCUGGCACCGGCACCUCGACCGCACGUCCUGCUGCACCCGAAGCCGAGGAGAAGAAAAAGAAGCGCAGCCUGUUUGGCUUCGGCAAGAAAAGGGCCGAGGAGUCAACAAAGCCAUCCUCGAAAGAAGCCGCAAAACCCACGAGCAAUAAGCCCCCCUCUGCGCUCGCUCAAACGACAGCGACAACUAACCGGUCGACCGCCACCUCGUCUGCUCAACCUGAGCACCCAUACUUCUCGCCCUCGUCUCCAGGCCGGCCCGGCUUCCCUUCGUCUCCCCGUAUCUCUUCGCCAGCGAGCAGCCAGAUUUUCGAGCGCGACGUACAAGAGACGGGCUCGAUCCUCAUUCCCAACUCGCCCGCCAUCCCCUCCCAUAUCCAAACCGAGAACUAUAUCCCUCCUGUGCUUGACGCAUCCUCUGAGGCUAUCACCGAUAAUCACCUAGACCCAGACAACGUCGAGAUCAUCACGCAUGCCUCGCACCAGCCCAUCGGAGUCGGCCUAGCGGCCGCAACAUCCUCCGCACUCAGCAGCCCGCACGAACCUCCCGCACACUCGUCCUGGACCGACGAGCUUGCCGCUUUUUCGGCCCGCCGGUACCCCGCCGACAGCGCCUCCAACUACGGCAGCCUGGCCGACACGACCGACGUGCGCCGUUUGAGCUUCAUCUCCUUCGCCGACGUCGUGCAAGCCGAGCAGCAGCAGCUCCGCGAGCAGCUGAGCGGCGGCGAGCCAGGGUCCCGCGAGAGCACACAUCUCAUUGCGGGUCUGACUUCGCUGAAUAUCAACAGCAGUAGCAGCCCGCGGAAUCGCUCGCCCUCUCCUGUACGCUCGCCAGUCUCUUCGGCCGGUAGCAAGUCCGGGUCUGUGACAGGCGUCGAUCUAUCUCCUCGGCUGCACCCGACUGUUCCAGCCGCGGCCGGGAAACAGUCCCUAGGCAGUCCGACCAAUCUAGGGCCAGGAGGCUCGGGCCUGCCGCCUGCCCCUGUGGUUACUGGCGAGAUCGCGGUUGAGACUAUGGCGCAGGCGCUGAGGAGGACUGGGAGCGGAGACUUAAGCGGAUAUCCACAUGUGGCGAGCGUGAGAAGCUUUCCCGUGAGCCCUAUUUGA